GGUGGGCCUGAUUUUAGACCUAUAGAGACAAUGGUCUGUAUCUAAAACAAAUCCCCAAAACACAGAGAUUAUAAUUAUAAAAUAAAAAUCAUAAUUAUCGUCUCUCUCAAUCGCCAUCGUUGCUUCUCUCGAAGCUCCAUUCAUUCAAUUCUAGGGUUUAUUUUUCAUCUUAUCAGUAUAUCGUGAUGAAUGAGCGGAAGACUAUCGAUUUGGACAACGGAUGGGAUUUUAUGCAGAAAGGGAUCACUAAGUUGAAGAAGAUUCUUGAAGGUCUUCCGGAGCCGCAGUUUAGCUCCGAGGACUAUAUGAUGCUUUACACAACUAUCUAUAAUAUGUGUACGCAGAAGCCUCCACAUGAUUACUCCCAGCAGCUGUACGACAAGUACCGCGAAGCGUUCGAGGAGUACAUAACUUCUACUGUACUGCCUUCUUUGCGAGAGAAACAUGAUGAGUUUAUGUUGAGAGAGCUUGUGAAUAGAUGGACAAACCACAAAGUAAUGGUCAGGUGGCUUUCUCGAUUCUUUCAUUAUCUUGAUCGGUACUUCAUUGCGCGGAGGUCACUUCCUCCACUUAAUGAAGUUGGACUCACGUGCUUCAGGGAUCUGGUAUAUCAGGAGUUAAAAGUUAAAGUAAGGGAUGCUGUCAUAUCUCUGAUUGAUCAAGAGCGCGAGGGGGAACAGAUUGACCGAGCUUUGUUGAAGAAUGUUUUGGAUAUAUUUGUUGAAAUCGGAAUGAGUCAAAUGGACCAAUAUGAGAAUGACUUUGAGGAAGCUAUGCUCGCUGAUACUGCUGCUUACUAUUCUCGAAAAGCUUCAAACUGGAUUCUUGAAGAUUCUUGUCCUGAUUACAUGUUAAAGGCAGAAGAGUGUUUGAGACGGGAAAAGGACAGGGUUUCUCACUACCUACAUUUCAGUAGUGAGCCAAAGUUGCUUGAGAAAGUUCAACAUGAGCUGCUAUCUGUGUAUGCAACCCAGUUGCUCGAGAAGGAACAUUCUGGUUGUCAUGCAUUACUUAGGGAUGACAAGGUGGAUGAUUUGUCUAGGAUGUAUAGACUUUUCUCCAAAAUACCUAAAGGCCUAGAUCCAGUUUCUAAUAUUUUCAAGCAGCAUGUUACAAAUGAAGGGAUGGCAUUGGUAAAACAUGCAGAAGAUGCAGCAAGCAACAAGAAGGCAGAGAAGAGAGAUGUGGUUGGCUUACAGGAGCAGGUUUUUGUUAGAAAAGUGAUUGAAUUGCAUGACAAAUACCUCGCCUAUGUAAAUGACUGCUUUACAAACCAUACUCUUUUCCAUAAGGCUCUCAAGGAGGCUUUUGAAAUCUUCUGCAAUAAGGGUGUUGCUGGAAGCUCUAAUGCUGAACUUCUUGCUACUUUCUGUGAUAACAUUCUUAAAAAGGGUGGGAGUGAGAGAUUAAGUGAUGAGGCUAUAGAAGAAACACUUGAGAAGGUCGUAAAGCUGUUGGCUUAUAUUAGCGAUAAAGACCUGUUUGCCGAAUUCUAUAGAAAAAAGCUUGCACGGAGACUUCUCUUUGACAAGAGUGCCAAUGAUGAGCAUGAGCGUAGUAUUUUGACCAAACUAAAGCAACAGUGUGGUGGUCAGUUCACAUCUAAGAUGGAGGGGAUGGUCACAGAUUUGACUUUGGCAAAAGAGAAUCAGUCCAGCUUUGAGGAGUACCUGGGAAAUAAUCCUAAUGUGAAUCCUGGCAUUGACUUGACCGUUACUGUUCUGACCACUGGCUUCUGGCCAAGUUACAAGUCAUUUGAUCUCAACCUCCCCGCUGAGAUGGUGAAGUGCGUUGAAGUAUUCAGAGAUUUUUAUCAAACAAAAACGAAGCAUAGAAAACUCACAUGGAUAUAUUCUCUGGGUACUUGCAAUAUCAAUGGAAAAUUUGACCCCAAAACAAUUGAACUGAUUGUCACAACUUACCAGGCCUCUGCUCUCCUGUUAUUUAAUGCUUCUGAUAGAUUGAGUUAUCAAGAAAUCAUGAGUCAGUUGAAUUUGUCCGAUGAUGAUGUUGUUCGUCUGCUUCAUUCUCUUUCAUGUGCCAAGUAUAAAAUUCUUACUAAAGAGCCAAACAACAAAACUAUUUCACCUACUGAUUACUUUGAGUUUAACUCUAAGUUCACUGACAAAAUGAGGAGAAUUAAGAUUCCUCUCCCUCCAGUUGAUGAGAAGAAAAAGGUCAUUGAAGAUGUUGACAAGGACAGACGAUAUGCUAUUGAUGCGUCUAUUGUCCGCAUUAUGAAGAGUCGUAAAGUUUUGGGAUACCAACAAUUGGUUAUGGAAUGUGUUGAACAGUUGGGACGCAUGUUCAAGCCUGAUGUGAAAGCAAUCAAGAAAAGGAUUGAAGAUUUAAUAACGCGUGAUUAUCUGGAAAGAGACAGGGAUAACGCCAAUCUGUUUAGAUAUUUGGCUUGAUUGUAUGAACUUUGGAUCCCAGCAAAUUUAUAAAUGACGAAGUGAAUUUCUUGUGCUGGACAAGUAAUGCAUGCCAGUGACCUGCACAGAAGAAAUGAAAGGGCUAUUAUUGUAUAUCAGCCAGACUGAAGUGCUUUUGACGACUGCUCAAGAAACCAUAACUUUAAGAGUUCUUGUAUAUUUUCCUUAAAAGCUGGGUCAUGAGAGUAGCUAAUAUUACUGUGCAAUAUUGGAAAAUUGCUAUGAAUAUUUUUGUCCUUACUGGCGACGUGUGCCAAUUAGCGAACAUGGUAUUAUUGAAAAUGGGAUUUUUGCACAA